AAAUUAACCACGGUCUAGAAUAACCAUGGUGAGUCGAUUGAAACUUCAGUACUGCAAGAUAAUCCUGGCCACGUCCCUUGUCUGGUUCCUGCUUGAUGUUGUCCUGCUCAUGUACUACACAGACUGUGCCACGCACGCGUCCGUUGACUGUCAGAACACAAAUAACAAUGAGAAACCAGUCAAAAAAUCUGAGGAGUCGUUGUUGCAGAGGAUUUUACCAAAAGAGCCUGUCGCCCCGGACGAACCAGCAGGCAUUCCACCCACCCGCAUCAAAUACAUAACACCGACAAAAAUGCCCAAACCAAAAGAGCCCCCAAAGCCACAUAAACUGCCUGAUUUUAUUCCAGGUCUGAUGGGCCGGCCAAGUAUGCCUGGUGACAUGGGAAAGCCUGUCAGUAUCCCAGCAGACAGACUGGAGGAAUCCAAGGACAAGUUCAAGAUCCAUCAGUUCAACCUUGUGGCUAGUGAUAUCAUGUCCCUCAAUAGAACCCUGCCAGAUUACAGGAUCCCUGGGUGUCGAAAUAAGAAAUACCCUCCAGUUUCCAAGCUGCCAGACACGAGUGUAGUGAUCGUAUUCCAUAAUGAGGCCUGGUCUACACUGCUACGUACCAUCCACAGUGUGAUCAACCGCUCUCCACCCGAGCUACUGAAGGAGAUAAUUCUGGUUGAUGAUGCCAGUGAACAUGAGGAGCUGGGGGAGAAGUUGGACGCCUACCUGGCUACGCUGCCGGUCCACUGUUACGUGCUGCGUACAGAGGAGCGCACAGGGCUCAUACGAGCACGACUCAAAGGUGCUGCCAAAUCGAAGGGCAAGGUGAUCACAUUCCUGGACGCUCACUGUGAGGCCACGGAAGGCUGGCUGGAACCUCUCAUGGCAGAGAUCUACCAUGACAGGACCUCAGUGGCGUGUCCCAUUAUAGACGUGAUCAGUGAUGACACGUUUGAGUACAUCACGGGGUCAGACAUGACAUGGGGAGGGUUCAACUGGAAACUGAACUUCCGCUGGUACCCUGUUCCACAGCGAGAGCUGGACAGACGUGCUGGCGACCGCUCACAGCCUGUGAGGACACCCACCAUGGCCGGGGGUCUAUUCUCCAUAGACCGAGACUACUUUUACGAAGUGGGAUCGUAUGACGAGGGCAUGGACAUCUGGGGAGCAGAGAAUCUCGAGAUGUCAUUCAGAGUGUGGAUGUGCGGUGGUAAGGUGUUGAUUGUCACCUGCUCCAGGGUGGGUCAUGUGUUCAGGAAGACUUCGCCGUACUCUUGGCCAGGGGGCGUGGCCAAGAUCAUCAAUCACAACACACAGAGGAUUGUGGAGGUGUGGAUGGACGAGUACAAGGACUUCUUCUAUAAGAUCAACCCUGGCGUUAAGAACACAGAGUAUGGCGAUGUGUCGGCACGGAAGGAGUUCAGAGAGAACAAGCAGUGCAAGAGUUUUAAGUGGUACCUGGAGAACAUCUACCCUGAGUCACAGAUGCCUGUCGAGUACCAUGCACUGGGGGAGAUCAAGAACAAGCAGACAGGGGGUUGUGUUGACAGUAUGGGACGUAAGUCGGGAGAGAAAGUUGGCCUGGUCCACUGUCACGGCAUGGGGGGAAAUCAGAUAUUCUCGUACACCAGUAAGCAGGCCCUGCAGACAGAUGACGUGUGUCUCGAUGUGUCUGCGAUAGGCGGCCCCGUGAAGCUGUUCCAAUGUCACGGGCUGGGGGGUAACCAGAAGUGGGAGUAUAGUCGGGAGACUCACGAGUUACGGCACGUGAACAGUAAUCAGUGUCUAGGAAAGGCGAGCGAUGCAGACAAAGAGGCGCCCUCAAUAGGCCCUUGUGACGGUUCAGAGGGACAGAAGUGGACAUUUUCUGACAUGAAAAUGUGACAUACUUGAGUGAUAGGACUAUACAAUCAAACCAAAUCAUGGGUUUACUGGUUCGAACUCAAGUACGAAACCUUACAUAAAAAGCUAAAGUGUGAUAAAACAAAUUGUAGGUAUUACAAUUUAAAUGUUCGAUGCUGUCUAACAUGACAACAAAGUGUAACAAAACUAGAGAAAAUAAACUAAUUGCGUGUGGAAUGAUAUCAUUGGCGGUAAAUGUAUUUCUUACUUAACUACAUAGUGCGAUAAAGCUGGUGCAGUAGAUACGUAAUUUGUGGGUAUAAGGAUUUGAAUUUGAAAAACAAAACAUUCUUACAUGAAAGCAAAGUGUGAUAUACAACAGGUGGAGUAAUUUGGACAGUUCCUGGCAGUUCCACUGCUGUGACGGUUGCAUGUUGUUAAGGAGAUUAAAUCGCUAUGGUGCUGUGUGUAGCUGUGAACUGUGGCUGUAUGAAUCUAGUCUGCAACUGGGAUUGGGAUCACCAAAGGUUUCCAAGAAUGGGAUCCAAUAAUGGGAUCAUCAAAUUGUCAUCCCAUUAUAUCUGCACUCUAGCCAUCUUGUGUGUCCCUGGAUUCAUGCGUUUAAGUGUGAAACUUGUUGAUUGUGUACAGCAAGAAGGGGCCUUCCGUCGCUUAAAUAUACCAUUCAAAGCAUUUAAAUGAAUUUUAAGGUGCAGCCAUGAUUGUUAGAAGUACAGGCAUUGUUGUCAGUUUACAAGUAAUUGCUGUCAGUUGUCAGCAAAAGCCUACAAGCUCAAUGACCCUUAAGUAUAAAGUUAAUCAGCAAACAAUAUUAUAUUUUGUUCUUACAUUGUCUCAAGUGAUAAAAUUAAGAUGUGUUUCAGUUUUUUUCCUUGACAAGCCACUUCUUUGUUUAUUACACAGCUCUGUUUGAAUGGUAUUGCCAUUUUUAUAAUAGAUAUUUAUACGGCGUUAUUUAUUUGUCCACUAAUUAGAUAAAUGUACAUCUGUAUUUAACUGUAUUGUUCUCUUAAGAUUUUGUGAGUCAUUUGUUGUUGUACUUUUUUACAUUGGAUACCUGCUUAAACGGUUUUCUGCUUGUGAAUAGUUGUAAGUCUAUAGUGAUUCAAUUUGAAGAUUUUUUAUACCCUUUUCCACUUAGAUACGUAUUUUGACACACUUGUAGUCACUCAGAGAGUUAAAUUUAAUUAUAGACCUUUCUUGUUAGAUUCAAAUGUUAAAGGCUUCAUCUCCAACCCUGAUUUGCAGCAAAAAGCAUACAACCUGAACAGACUGCGAGUUACUCACAGGCUGUUCUGGUUUUAUGCUGGUUGCAAAAGCCAUUUUCACUUUGCUUCUGAGUGGGAAGGGUUAAUGAAGUUUUGGGAUGAUAAGAGAGAUUUAUGUUUUUAAGCGUGUCUGUGUCUGGCAUUGUCUAGUGUAAUCUAAGCAACUUAGUUGAGGGUAGUUGCAAGGAAGGCUACUGUGUCAAAACAAUCGAUUACAUUGAGCAUGGCUCUGGGAAAACCGGGCUUAAUGCAUGGUGCGAUAAGUUUCGUCACAGGACUGCCCAGGCUUAAUGCAUGGUGUGAUAAGUGUCGUCCCAGGACUGCACAGGCUUAAUGCAUGGUGCGAUAAGUGUCGUCCAAGGACUGCACAGGCUUAAUGCAUGGUGCGAUAAGUGUCGUCCCAGGACUGCACAGGCUUAAUGCAUGGUGCGAUAAGUGUCGUCCCAGGACUGCACAGGCUUUAUGCAUGGUGCGAUAAGUGUCGUCCAAGGACUGCACAGGCUUAAUGCAUGGUGCGAUAAGUGUCGCCCCAGGACUGCACAGACUUAAUGCAUGGUGCGAUAAGUGUCGUCCCAGGACUGCACAGGCUUAAUGCAUUGUGCGAUAAGUGUCGUCCAAGGACUGCACAGGCUUAAUGCAUUGUGCGAUAAGUGUCGCCCCAGGACUGCACAGACUUAAUGCAUGGUGCGAUAAGUGUCGUCCAAGGACUGCACAGGCUUAAUGCAUUGUGCGAUGUGUCGCCCAAGGACUGCACAGGCUUAUCAGGAAAGGCACUUUCUUCAGAGACUGGAAUUUAGUUUAAAUAAAAAAUUCCAUAAAAGCGGACAUCCCUGGUAAGCCUGUUCAAACUGCACAGGCCAAUUUUGGCCGACACUUAAUGCAUCUGCAUUAAACCCCAUUAUCCCAGAUCACUGCUCAAUUCUAAAGCUGGAUCUUGAAUUUAAGCCCUUAUUAAGGAGUUCAUGUGUUGCCUGAUUAUUGUUUUCUUUUAUCUUGUCAUCAUACCAAGUGGCCACAGGUGUUUGGCCCAUGGCAGAGUCACUAAGACACUAUCAAUAUGUCAUGAAACAAUUUUCAUCGCCAUGACCAACAAAAAAAAUCUGAUAUAUUAUAUAGGUUCUUGUAUAUAUUAUUUUAUUUUUUACGUCAAAGUGAUUGAUAGUGUUUAAGUGACUUGGCCACGCGCAAAACACCUGUGCGAGCUAGUGACUUGUCAAUAUUGUUCAUGAACAUUCCAUUUAUUGCUUUAGCUUGUACAUAUUAACAUGAAUCUUACAUAAAUUAUUUCCUGAAGGGCAGUACGUUUAUUCUGUAAUAUCUGUUAUUUUUUUAACGGUUAGAGUUAGGGUUAGGGACCUAACUCUGAAUGUUACAUAAAUUAUUUCCUGAAGGGUAGUACGUUUAUUCUGUAAUAUCUGUGAAUUUUUUAAGGAAGUAUCAUAGCGAAAUCCUGUCUUGGGAAAAGUUUCUUGCGGACAGCACAGGCUAGUCUGGGACGACGCUUUACACACACAUUAUUACGCCUUUACUGACAGAGCAAGGCUUGUUUUUAUACCUUAACGGUUGAUUACAUUUUAAUGUUUCUGCUAUUUACAAAUCAAGCUAGUAACAUUUAUAUAGAAUAAAGAACGUUUGGCUUUGUUGUGAUAUCUCAUUAUGUCCGUAAACUCAACAUAUUGCCUACAAUAAAAUUUUAAUGGAGCAUUUUAAGGAAUUGAAACACACGUAGAUGUUUUUGUCUUUUAAUUAUUAGUUUCUUAUGAGUGAUAACAGUAGAUAUUAUCAAAUGCUAAACCUUGCCGCUAUUCAGUAUUUUUUACAUAAUAAAAACUAUUCUAGCAGUGUGUUACAUAAUGCUUAUAUUUAACCAUAUAUUUUUUAUGCCCCCCUUUGAAGAAGAGGGAGUAUAUUGCUUUGCUCAUGUCGGUCUGUCGGUCGGUCUGUCGGUCCGUCCACCAGGUGGUUGUCAGACGAUAACUCAAGACUGCAUGGGCCUAGGAUCAUGAAACUUCAUAGGUACAUUGACCAUGACUCGCAGAUGACCCUAUUGAUUUUGAGGUCACUAGGUCAAAGGUCAAGGUAGAUUGAUCAUGACUUGCAGAUGACCCCUAUUGAUUUUGAGGUCACUAGGUCAAAGGUCAAGGUCACGGUGACCCGAAAUAGUAAUAUUGGUUUCCGGAUGAUAACUCAAGAACGCAUACGCCUAGGAUCAUGAAACUUCAUGGGUAGAUUGAUCAUGACUCGCAGAUGACCCCUAUUGAUUUUGAGGUCACUAGGUCAAAGGUCAAGGUCACUGUGACCCGAAAUAGUAAAAUGGUUUUCGGAUGAUAACUCAAGAACGCAUACGCCUAGGAUCAUAAAACUUCAUAGGUAGAUUGAUCAUGACUUGCAGAUGACCCCUAUCGAUUUUGAGGUCACAAGGUCAAAGGUCAAGGUCACGUUGACCUGAAAUAGUAAAAUGAUUUUUGGAUGAUAACUCAAGAACGCUUUUGCCUAGGAUCAUGACACUUCAUAGGUACAUUGAUCGUGACCCGCAGAUGACCCCUAUUGAUUUUGAGGUCACUAGGUCAAAGGUCAAGGUCACAGUGACAAAAAUCGUAUUCACACAAUGGUUGCCACUACAACGGACAGCCCUUGUCUCUAGGUUAUUGCUUGGUGUGCUAUUUUUAAUUAAUUAGUAAAUCAGAUAUUUAUCAAUUUACCUCUUAUUUUAAUUAGGUAAAUAAGUCAACUUUCCUGUAUCAAUUUUUUUGUAUAACGCCCACUAUCUAUAUUCGGUAAAAUAUUUGCGAUAACUUACUUUAAUAAUCAAUUGCAUAAAUUAUAUUUCCCAACAAUUGUUUGGUAUCUAUUUUAUUUGUUAUGAGAAAAACUUUACUGAUGUAACUUGCUUUCUUAAUGAAUUGCAUAACUUGCCAUCUACAAGUGUUUUGUAUCUAUUGCUUUUUAUGUGAGAAUCUUUACGAGCGAGCAACCAAACAGUUUUACUUAAAAUAUAAAAUAACCACAGCUAGUGUUCUUUCCUUAUCAGUGUGAUUGUUAUUAUUUGUGUUUGUUUUAAUGUACAAUUUUAUGAAUGAAACAAAAGAGAGGGAUACGUUUGAAUUGUUUGUUUAUUUGAUCCUGGCUCUGGGAAAAACUUGGCUUUAUGCAUGUGGCUUAAGUGUAGUGCCAGAUUAUCUUGCGCAGUCUCAACAGGUCAAACAGGGGCGAUACUUUCGGCCUUAAUUUCGAUACACUUGAAGUGGAAAGUGUCAUCCCUGACCAGCCUGUGUGGACUGCACAGGCUAAUCUGUUACUACACUUCCCACAUCCAUUAAAACCCCUGACCAGCCUGUGCGGACUGCACAGGCUAAUCUGUGACUACACUUCGCACAUCCAUUAAGACCCCUGACCAGCCAGUGCGGACUGCACAGGCUAAUCUGUGACUACACUUCGCACAUCCAUUAUGACCCCUGAUCAGCCAGUGCGGACUGCACAGGCUAAUCUGGGACUACACUUUGCACAUCCAUUAAGACCCGUUUUCCCAGAGCGCGGCUCAUGUAUAUUGUUAUUGUUAUAGGGUGUAAAAAAUAUUGGUAUGUAUGGCUUAUGGUAAAGAUAUCAAAGGGAAAUAUAUUAUGGUACAUUAUAAGUUAUAAAUAUAUAUUUGGUACCAAAAUUUUGUUAUGAAGAUAUAUUAAAAAUGCAGAUAUAUUAAACAUGCUGUUUUUAUAGUAUAAAUAAUAUAUGUGUGUCAUGUCA